UUGAUACCGGUUUUGCAGAUUACCGAUUAUAAUGACAAACAAAGGUUAAGUGUAUAGUGACAAGUUGUAUUUUCUAACCAAAGACUAAUAGUUACAUAGAUGUCAAACAAAUAAAAUACCUAUUUAAAAAAGUUAAAAGAAAACAUGGCCGCAUGGCUCGAUGACAGUAGUUGUUCUGAAAUUCCGACGCAGAGCAACUUGGAAAGCUUAUUGUCGGAAACUUUUGUGCCUGACGAUAAUAGUGAUAAAACAUUUGAUUCGUUUAUUAAAGAAUUUGAGUGUUUAACAGAACACUUCCAAGUGAAGAGCGAAUCGAAAAGUGUGACGUCGGAAAGUAAAGCAAUACAGGAUGUAUGUACGGAAAAUGUAUUUAAAGAAGUCUCCAGCAGCAAUGAUAAAUUACAAGAUGUCCCAAAAUCAGAAGUCGAAUCACAACCACUCAACGAUAAUAAUGCACGAAAAGUGGAAUUCAAUAAUUCAAGAUAUAAUUGUGAAUUUGAAGGUUGCCAAAGAACAUAUAGCACUUCGGGUAAUCUACGCACCCACAUGAAAACACAUAAAGGUGAAUACAGGUUCAUAUGUCCAAUGGAAUCAUGUGGCAAGGCAUUUCUCACGUCAUAUAGUCUCAAAAUACAUGUACGGGCGCAUACUAAGACAAAACCUUUUGCCUGUGACAUUGGCUCCUGCAACAAAGCUUUCAACACAUUAUACAGGUUACGAGCGCAUCAAAGGCUGCACAGCGGUGACACGUUUAACUGUAAAGCUGAAGGCUGUUCGAAGUUCUUCACGACGCUGAGCGACCUGAAGAAACACAUACGCACCCAUACACAAGAGAGACCUUAUAAAUGUCUAAUGGACGGAUGCGGCAAGUCGUUCACAGCGUCGCACCAUCUCAAGGCGCACGCGCGCACGCACUCUGGCUCGCGGCCGCACGCGUGCGCCGCACCCGGCUGCGGGAAACUGUUCUCCACGCCCACCAGCUUGCGCGCACACGUCAGGAAACACCAGAUCGAAGCCGAGACACCGACUGUAGAGGUCAUUGAGAAUGAACCGGCGAAACCAGUCAAUGACGUCAUGGUCUGGGAUAGCCUCCUCGAGUCCUUUGGUAGGAUCACCACUGAGUCCAACUCCACAGACGGCAGUUUAGAAGAUAUAACCAGUGUCGACCCACUAUCUAACACUAACAUGGACAUAACGGAACUGCUUUUCGAUAACGCUACUAACAAUACUAAAUUCGAUGAUAACAUAGCUGUAGAUUACGAUUUGAGUAACCUGGAAGUGCUUUCUCCAUUUGACGUGAAUAAAAUCGAUAAGAAAGACGACAACGACAAUAGUUGGGUAGUCGAUAACAUACCACCGAUUUCAUUGUCCACCCCUAAAAUGGAAGUCGAAUCUAAAGCGAUGCAAUUAGCGUUGGCCAAUGAAAUCGAAAUUCAAGCCCCUUGGAUAGACGUCACAGCUUUAGCGUCGUCCAUACUAGAAACACCAGUUAGCAUAAAAGAGAGCGGCCCUGAAAGCAUAUUUACUCUCGCAACAUUCGUACCAACACAUAUGCAAAGUUACAUAGAUUUGAGCACCGAAGCUGUGCCAACAGCUAACCUCUUGACCCAAAGUUCUUUCCAUUUAGAUACACCGAAUAUUUUAGACGUCAGCGAUAAAGUUUUCAAUGACAGUGAACUCGUCACGAACCACGAUGUGUCUAAAAUAGAUGCGGACAUUGAUUUCUUAAAAACCACCGCCGACAUCAUCGACGAUAGAUCACUGAACACGCCAUCUCCUAGUCGAGUGCAACAAAGCAUCGAAAUCAAUCCAUCCAAUUCGGUUCUGUUUAACACAGAUCUGGCACUCGAGGACACUUUGCUAUUUGAUAACGAACCCCCGUCUGAUAUGUAUGUUGUAAAAACGGAAAACGUUUUCGGUAAGAAAACUAAAAACCCUCUAGAACAAUUGGCAGCAGAUGCCGGAAUCUGCUCCUGCACCGAAUGUAAAUGUGGGCCGAAUAGUGGCGAAUGUAGAAACUGCCAAAACCAUGAGCCUCCCCCUAAGCCUGUCGGUUGUGGUGACGAUAAGUGUUCCUGUGGCGUUGACUGCGAAUGCGAUCACGCCGAGAUGAAAUGCGCAGUCGGCUGCGGCCGAGCCACAGACACUAACCAUAAUACAUUCUUGCAUUAUCACAAAAGGCACAACAACUCCAACCUUGAGGACUUUGGCGUUUACACCCACGAAUGUGACGAGUCAUUAUUGGGAAUCAUCGACAGCAUAAAAUGUCCCUGCAACGGUUCUACCGACGGAAAAUGUUCCUCGGAAUGUUCCGAACCCGGAAAGAGCUGUUCGAAAUCAGACACAAGUCACGACCUCCAUAAAAAAUCGUGUUGCGUUACAAUAUGCUUCAAAAAAUUAGACGCUUUCAAACAGUUUUUGAAUGACCCCAAUGUGUUGAAUGCUAUAAAAGUGAAAAACUUUAAUUUGACCACUAGCUUCUAACGUUACUUACCAUUAUUUUUUUGCAUUUAUACAAGUGGGCUUAUGCUGUAAGAUUUAUUGACAAGUUUUUCUCAUGCGGGUCAUGACCAGAUGUUUGACGUUACAAAGUUCUGCGAACUAAAAGAAACAGAAUAACCUCACUUUCGCAGUCGUGUUCCAUGCAUAUAGCUAGGCCUAUUUGUUGUGAGUUAUUUUUAAACAAAUCGUUAAAUUCUUCCAUUAUUGUACAAAAUGUAAUUGUUUAUCAGUCUUUAUUUUACAGCACUCAUUUAGCUAAUCUAAUACCAGUAGGUUGGAAGCUAAACCCUGUGACUUUUAUACCAAAUUAUAUUAGUGCUUUAAGCCCAAUUCGCAGAAUCAAAGCGAAACAUAGCAACAUGUUUUUUAACGUUAUUAAACACGAUAUUGAAUUCAUAUCUCAAAUUAUUAACAUAAAAAUAGUGCCCGGGAUAAAGCAUCAUUAGCCCUCAUUCGCACGAAAGUUUUUUUAACGGUGUUGGAAAUAGACUAUGAAUUAAAUUAAAUAAAGUACGUAAAUAAAAGCGCCAACGCUGGGUUAUAACGUAUCGGUUUUUUAAUUCUCGUGCGAAUGAUGUCAUAAUGAAACGAUAUAGACUUCAAUAUCUUGCAGCUAAAAAAAAGAUUAAUUUAUAUUUUCAAUAAAUUAGUGAUUUAACAAAAAUGGUAACGACCAGCUAAGUAGCUGUGCCUAAAAAUUUUAUAACUACUAUAUACUAAAUAAUUCCAAUAACAAUAUUACUAAAUUAAUUUCUUAACAAUAAAUUCCUUAACCCAAAAAACGUUUGCUGCUCAAAAUCUAAAAUUAGAAUGGGAUUGAGGAAGAAAUACAUAUAUUUCUUUAUUAUAAAUGGAGGACCUACGAAAAAUAAUACACUCAGAGGAACAAUUAUCCGCCCUCUUUGACAUGAAGCGAGUAUAUUAAAGCGGGCGGAUAAUUGUGCCUCUGAGUUUAUAUUAUCUUAUAUUAUCAUGUCAUGUCGAGAUUAUUUUUAGUCAUAUUUACGUCACAAUUUAGAAUUUAACUUAUUGAGAUCAAAGCCAAAGGCUUGUUAUCUGUUAUAAAAAAAUAACUACUGUUGCUUUUUUACAAUAAUACAGAUCCUCUUUUAUACAAACAGCAUCUAAUGUUUUUGUUAUUAUUAUAGAUUGUUGAAAAAAUAAAUUAAAAAUUAAGUUGUUGGAAAUUAUAAAGAUUACAAAUUUAUGUUCAUAAGUUACAAGUGAUAUUAUUAUUCGCUGGGAUAUUAAUAUUUGUAUAAUUAAUUUUAAUUAUUGCAUUACAAAUAAUAUUUAUUAGAUCUACUUAAUUUAAACUAAACAUGAAGCAUUUUAAUAGGUGUCAUAGUUGUUAUCUAUUUAGAAGUAGGGUUGCCAAUAUUAAUUCAGUGAAAUAUAGUUUUUUUUUUAUCAAAAUGCAUGUAAACUUUAUAGCUUUAUCAAAAGCUCAUUUUUCAUUAAUUUGUAUAAUUAAGUUCCAAAAGCAAUAAAAUAUGUAUAUAAGUUCGGAUAUAUGCUAUUGCGUCAAUCGAAGUUAAUGAAAAGGUACAUUUACACAAUUUUAUAAUGAAAGUUUUGUUUGUUAGACAAUUAGAAAUAUAAAUUAUAUUAUUUAUAAUUUAUAUUUGAAAUUAUAGACUACGGAGACCUAAAAUAUAGUCAAUAUAAACUAUUAUUGGUAACCCUAUCUGGAAUAGUGUUUAAUAGACAUUUCAUUCAUUUUGUUAAGUGUUUUCUAUUAGAUACAUAAUGUAACCGACCAUUUUGGGCCCAGAGAGAAAAAUAUCCUUUAUUUUUUAUAAUAAAUCAAAACCACCAAAAAUAAUUACAAUUCACAGUUGUUGUUUUUUGAAAAGUAUGUUUUUUUGUUAAAAUCGCUCAUUUUAUAACGCCCUUAACUUGAUUAUGCAACUGUCGAUCACACUGAAAUUAAACCAGUUAUAUUAUUACUUAAUAUUUUGACGUGGCAACGUCUUAUAAUUUAAUGGGGCCGGCUGCACACUCGAAAAAACAUGACGUCAAACGUCGUUCCCUCGCUCUAGGGUUGCCAAUUUUUUUUACAAGAAAUAAAGCAUAUUCUGGUCUAUGAAUAUUAUUAAACAGUAUUUUAGAAAAAAAAACAUUUUCUUUUGAAAAAUGCAACCAUUCCAUCAGUAUUUUCCUCAGACCAAUUAUAGAAGGACCUGUAUCGCACUCAAAGUCACGAACAAAAUUGUCUGUCAUUUUCUAAGGAUAACGAGCUUAGAUUUUGUACAUAUCUUAUACUAAACUAGAAGUUUUUGCCCGUUUUUUACACAAUUCAAUUACACAAAAAGGUAUUUUUACGAAGCUCUUUAACAUUAGUACAUAUCAUCUAUAACAUUAGUUGAUCAUAUACUUUGACAGAAAAGUAACGACUAGCGAGGCAGGUCUAUACAAUAAUUGGUCUGAAGUAUUUUCUUGUGACGUUGUCACGUUCAACUAUCGACAGUAAACCGACUUUAUAGACAACCGAUUAUUUUUUUAUUAUAAGACGUCAAUUUUACUAUUAAUAAAAUGACACUAACGGACGGUUCAUUCAUCAAACCUGGGCCUAGCAAUAUUUUAAAUAAAUUCUUUCGGUUUUUUUAAAUGUAGCAUUUAGAAUGGAGUUACCAUCCAAUAAUGUUUUGAUAUAGAUAUUUUAUGAAUUGUUAUUUGUUUUAUUUAUUUACAUAAUAUUAAAAUGGUGCUAUAUUAUAAUUAUACAUAUGAUGAUACAAAGAAACAAUGUGCCUUAAAUAAUGUUGUCCACUGUACUUAUUUUGAAUUUUUUGAGCUUGUACAAAAUAUGAGAUUUGUUAAAUAAUGAUAUUUUACUUAUAUAGAUAAUUAUAUGAAUAUACUCUAAUCUAUUUUAAGCAAUAAUAAAAUGCUGUAACUUCUAGUCCAUGUAACAAAUAAAACAAGCUUUUAGA